GGCCUUCAGACGUGUGCGGACAGAAAGCCACAUGGUCAGUCAGGCAGGGAGACAUUAAUUCAUUCAUUACUUGUUAUUCAUUUUUUAUCUUUCUUUCCAUGUUUCACAUGAUGCGGACUCGACUGUACAGAAAAUUUCCGAGUCCAAAAUGUCCGAGUCCGUGUCAGUUUCGAGUAAAAAUUUACCUGAGUGCGUGACAAAUCCGAGUACGUUCAGAAUUGGACUCGAGUCUGAGUUCGGGAUCGAGUACCCCGACUCUAGUUAUAAGUAGUAUAUGAUUCAGUGUUCAUUUUUAGGUUUUAGGGCUGGACACAGAUGUAUGAACUCACUCACAGUUGGUAAAUUAGUUAUUAAUAAUCUUUAUUUUCUGUGUGUUAGCACUUUCAGGUCUCCCUGUUUUUCAGUCUCUGUGUGGUGUUGCUAUGAGACAUGCAGGCGACCGCGUUGCAGCACUGUGAUUGGUUGGAACGCUGGCCCGCCCGAGCCAAUCAGUGUGGAGCCCGCUUCCCGACCAUAUGGCUGUGGCAGAGCGUUUAAAGAGCAGAAUCCUUCACCAGACGUCCUGAUUGCAAGGAGGCUCGUUGGCCACUGUUGCCACGGCAGCGGUCGUGGAGGAAGAGAAGGAGCGGCUGUUGCGGUGGCGCCACGCUCUGCUGGAGGGGAUGGAGUACCACAGCACGGGAACCCUGCCGCUCCUGGGCAGCCCGCGUUACUGUCCCGGCGCCAACAGUGCCAGCGGGUACCUCUGCCAGACGGGCCACUGCUGUGGGGAGACCGGCUGCUGCACCUAUUACUACGAGCUGUGGUGGUUUUGGCUCUUAUGGAGUGUAUUGAUCCUGUUCAGCUGCUGCUGUGCGUAUCGACAUCGCCAGGCUAAACAGAGAGUGCAGCAGCAGCAGAGACAGAGAGAGAUCAACCUGAUGGCCUACCAUGGAGCCUGCAGCUACCCGUCCUCCAUGCUGGACCUCAGUUUCCUCGCAUCACUCAAACUGCCGUCCUAUGAGGAAGUAGCAGCGCAGCCCAGCACCCCGCCCCCUCCCUACAGCUCGGUGGCUUACCCGCGAGGCUCCGCCCAUCCUGGUCCAAGUCACAUGCUGUCCUCACAGAGCUCUGACAACUACACCAGCUGCUCAUGCGAAUCCUGCUGCCCGUCUUCGCCCUGUAGCUCCUCCCCUUCCUCCGCCCAGCUCACAGACGAGACUGACACUAGCCACACCUCCACGCCUUCUCACAGCGAAGCAGCACCCAUUAACUCAGUUUCUGGACAUGCCACAGAGCGACACGCCGAGACUCUUUCGACUCCGCCUCUUAAUGAACCUGGCCCCGCGUCCUCAGCAGAAGCGAUGGAGGUGGACUUGCCAGACUUCGUCUCUCUCGACUGUAACGGCAACAGGACUGUUAAAGCAGUCACUAAUCCGACAGCUAACAACAACGUGAUCUGUGACCCUGAAGAAAGUGCUAACUUGAAUGAAACUGCUAACGUGACUCAAAUUAGUAACUCAAAUGAUGUUAAUGUACCUCAGUGUAACAACACGAAUGAUAUUAGCAGCAAGGGUCAAAUGUCGAACCUCAGUCCUACCAGAGACGUUAAACCCACUGACUUCGACCUCUUUCAUCCACCCAGCAAAAUGACCCAAAAUACACCUUAUCCUCCCGUUGGCAUCCCCUCAUCCUCUCCUCCAUCCUGUUCUCCUUUGUCCCUAUCCUCCCCUCCCCUCCCUCCUCCCUUAUCGCCGAUCUCUGACCCUCUAGGCGCUAUCUCUGAGCCGCAGAGCUCUCCUGUGCAGUGGGCUGAGCCAGCACAGAUACACCAUUCAGCCCCUCACCCACAGUCUCCGCCCAAACCCGCGGCCUUUUCACCCGACUUCCUGGAGCCGGAGCGGCGCGAUUCGGCGGUGUGCGACCUUGACGUGGAUCAAACGCACUUCCAGCAGCGACGCCUAACCGGAGACUCCGGGAUCGAGGUCUGCCGCUGCCGGAUCGAUCACGAAGGGGAGGAAGACGAGGAAGACGACGACGAGAGGGAUUUUUCAGAGGACAAGUCCAACGUUGUGACGAGCGUCGACCUCCACGACAGCGCCGACUGCUCCGUCCGUGCCCAGAUGUCCCCUACUGAGCUCGGAGACACGUGCGGAUCCGGCUCAACCACGCCGGUGCGCAGCGAUGCGGUCGUUAUAGCCAUGGAAACCGUUUGAGGGACAGGUGGACUGUUGAAAUCCAGCGUACAAGGGCUGUGCGUCAGCCGUGCUGAGAAAGCCUUUGGCUGUGCGAAGUGGAUUGCCAUUUAGUCCGAGUCUAAACUAGCCGUGCUGUUGCAUUAGGACUGACGUCAUUGGGUGGUGAAAAGUGAAACUCUAACUCAAUAGCAUAGCAUAGGAAGGUCUCUCUAUCUCUCUCUUUUUUUUUCUCUCUCUCUCUCUCUCUCUCUCUCUCUGUGUUGUAGGAAAAAUGUCCUCGGUUCUGCAGCAAUUAACAAAAAGCCUGACCGAGAGACUGAUGUUAGAGCCACAGACUCUAACAGACUUUCUCACACACACACACACACACACACACACACACACACACACUCAAAACACACAGUAACCUUUGUGUAUGACCCCGUCAGGGACAGUGACAUGGUGGUACAGCAAUACCACGUCCCUCUGUGAACCCUUGCACAUGCAACAACCAACUCUCCUCUCCUCUC